AUGGCGGUGAUCGAUGACGGAUUUGAGGCUCUCCUGGAGCCUUUCUACAAUGGCAAGAAGCUGACUGACCCUAUUUCGACCGUAGGCGACAAGUUUCAGCUUCUACCAGCUUUCCUGAAGGUCAAAGGUCUCGUGAAGCAGCAUACCGACUCGUAUAACUUCUUUGUUGACCAUGAAAUCAAGGAGAUUCUAAAGGCCAACCGAACUGUUCGGAGCGAUGUCACCGGAUCGUUCUUCAUCGAAUUUCUGGACAUUCGGGUCGAGAAACCAGAUCGUCAGGAUUUCAAUGAAUUUCGAGUGGCCAAUGAAAUCACACCCCAGGAGUGUCGCCUCAGAGAUAUGACCUACUCUGCCAAGAUCCUCGUUGAUAUUGCAUACCCACGAGAAAAGGUCAGAGUAGUCCGCAGGAAUGUCGAAUUAGCUCGCAUACCUGUCAUGCUUCGCAGUAACAAGUGCCGAUUGUAUGGCGCCAACAAUGAUCAGAUGGCGCAAAUGGGCGAAUGCCCUUUGGACCCCGGAGGCUACUUCAUCGUUGGCGGUACAGAAAAGGUCAUCCUGGUCCAGGAGCAGCUGAGCAAAAACCGUAUUAUUGUCGAGGCAGACGAUAAGAACCACGUCAUAUCUGCAUCUGUCACCAGUUCUACGCAUGAACGUAAAUCAAAGACUUAUGUCAUGAUGAAGAAGGAUCGCCUCCAAUUGGUACACAACGUUCUGACAGAACCCAUACCCAUUGUCAUUGUCAUGAAGGCACUUGGCGGAUUGUCAGACUUCGAGAUCAUGCAGCUCGUAGCAGGUACGGAUGGCAGAUUCCAAGAUGAUUUCGUGGUCAAUUUCGAGGAGGCAGCCAAGGAGGGCGUUUUUACACAACAUCAAGCCCUGGAUCAUAUCGGCGCACGCGUCAAGAUGGGUGGUCGAGCUAAGCCUGGCGGGUCAAGCUUUCCUCAACCACGUCGUAGUAACGUUGAGGAAGGCUUGGAUGCGCUUGCAAAUAUCAUCAUUGCACAUAUCCCUGUUGAAGGUCUCGAUUUCUUCCCCAAGGCCAUGUAUGUUGCCCUCAUGACACGGCGUGUGCUAAUGGCUCACUACGACCCCAAACUUGUCGAUGAUCGCGAUUUCGUCGGCAACAAGCGACUAGAGUUAGCUGGUCAGCUACUCUCUCUGCUAUUCGAGGAUCUUUUCAAGAACUAUCUGACACAGCUCAAGUUUGCUUGCGACAAUACUUUGAAACGAAAUCAUCGUGCAGCCUUCGACCCAUUAGUUAAUAUUGGUACACUCGGAAGGACUAUUACAGAUGGCAUGAAUCGUGCUAUCCAAACGGGAAACUGGAGUGUCAAGCGAUUCAAGAUGGAGAGAGCUGGUGUGACUCAUGUUCUGAGUCGUCUAAGCUAUAUUGCCGCCUUGGGUAUGAUGACCCGUAUCAGCAGUCAGUUCGAGAAAACCCGAAAGGUUUCUGGACCGCGUGCACUUCAACCUUCACAGUGGGGUAUGUUGUGCCCUUCUGAUACUCCCGAGGGUGAAGCUUGCGGUCUUGUCAAGAACCUUGCGCUCAUGACGCACAUCACAACAAACGUUGAUGAAGAGCCUGUCAAGAGAUGGAUCUACACCUUAGACUCUGGUGUUGAGCCUCUAAGAUGCUUCUCAGGAGCGGAAAUUCACAAGCCUGGUGCAUACAUCAUACACAUCAACGGUACACCCUUUGCCUUGACAAGGUUCCCCAAACGCUUCGCAGCUAAAUUUAGAACGAUGCGCCGUCGGGGUUGGGUCUCGCCCUUCGUCAGUAUAAACGUCAACACGCAUCUUUCUGCCGUGCACAUUGCAACGGAUGAGGGUCGUAUUUGCCGGCCUUACAUCAUAGUCAAGAACGGAGAAGCGAAAAUCAAAGCAGAACAUCUCAGAAUGCUGCAGGCUGGAAAAGCUACAUUCGACGACUUCUUGACUCGCGGUAUUGUUGAAUACCUAGAUGUUAACGAGGAGAACGAUUGCUUGGUUGCCCUGACGGAAAAAGAAAUAACAAAGGCAUCCACGCAUGUUGAGAUCGAACCAUUCACCAUUCUUGGAGCAGUCGCAGGUCUCAUUCCAUUUCCUCACCACAACCAAUCUCCGCGAAACACCUAUCAAUGCGCUAUGGGUAAGCAAGCAGUUGGAGCUAUUGCCUACAAUCAAUUCAACCGCAUCGAUACAUUGCUGUACACACUGGUGUACCCACAACGGCCCAUGGUUAUCAGCAAAACGAUUCAGCUUAUCCGAUAUGAUAAACUGCCUGCCGGUCAAAAUGCUACAGUCGUUGUCAUGUCUUACUCAGGAUAUGAUAUUGAAGAUGCUUUAGUGCUUAACAAAGCAUCAUUGGACCGUGGCUUUGGACGGUCGCAAGCUUUUAGGAAGUAUACCGCAGAGCUGAAUAAGUAUGCGAACGGGUCUCGCGACAGAAUUGGCGACCGUGACUUCAACCUUGUUAACGACAAGCAUGAAGCUUUGACCAGUGACGGACUUGCAGACGUUGGGUGGAAAUUGAAGAGCGGCAAUGUCCUCAUCAAAAAGGAAAGCCCUGUCGAUACAACUCCAGGCAUCGGCAACGAAAGGAAAUCUGAUGAGUAUCGAGAGUGCCCUGUGUCGUUCAAGCUUUAUGAUGGUGCCAUCGUCGAUACAGUCAUGGUUACUCAGACACCUUAUGAGACACAACUGAUCAAAGUCAAGACAAGGCAAACGCGACGUCCAGAACUGGGUGACAAGUUCUCUUCGCGGCACGGUCAGAAGGGUGUCGUCGGCAUCAUUGUUGAGCAGGAAGACAUGCCUUUCUCUGACAAGGGCUUGUGUCCAGAUAUCAUCAUGAACCCUCACGGUUUCCCGUCUCGUAUGACAGUCGGCAAGCUCCUCGAGUGUCUUACUGGCAAAGCCUCUAUUGUUCAAGGUCGGAAAGAUUUUGGCUUUGGAGAUGCCUUCCGUUCUCAUCCUCUGGAGGAAAUGAGCAGAAACCUGGUAGAUGCCGGAUUCUCUUGGGAAGGCAAAGACUACUUCACUUCAGGCAUUACAGGCGAGCCGUUGCAAGCAUAUAUCUUUAACGGUCCCAUUUUCUACCAGCGUCUGAAGCACAUGGUACAAGACAAAAUGCAUUCACGUUCUAGGGGUCCUCGAGCGAUAUUGACGCGACAACCGACAGAAGGUCGUUCAAGAGAUGGUGGUCUACGCUUGGGAGAAAUGGAGCGUGAUUGCCUAAUCGCUUACGGUGCUUCACAGCUUUUGCUGGAGCGACUGAUGAUCAGCUCUGACGGCACGGAUGUCGAUAUCUGUCAAAAGUGUGGUUUGUUUGGUUACAAAGGCUACUGCAGCACCUGCCGUACAAGUCGAGAGGUGGCCAAGAUGACAAUGCCGUAUGCCGCGAAGCUCUUGGUGCAAGAACUAAUCAGCAUGAAUGUCGGCGUCAGACUGCAGCUGGAAGAUGAGUUUCCUCAUCCUAAGUAA